GUGAGAGAUCCCAGCAGGAUAAACUGGUGCUGCUUUCUUGCCUCAUAGCACAAGGCAGUGACACCAUGGGGCAGCUUAUCACCCACCUCCUGGGUUUUUGCUGGCUCAUCUACUCCAUGGGGACUCAACAGUUCUCCAGUGCUAAUAUUGGCAAUUGCCCCCGGAACCCAUCGCCCUGCGGCAAGGACUCCACCUGCAACAACACGCUGGGAAAUUACACCUGCAUGUGCCGGUCAGGCUACUUCCUCUGCAGCCAGCCUGACGUCCCAUUGCACUGCGUAGAUAUUGAUGAAUGUUCCCAAGACCCAUCUCCCUGCGGCCCCAACUCCAACUGCACCAACACGCUGGGCAAUUACACCUGCAGGUGCUGGGAUGGCUACAACCAGUCUGGCACCCUAUUCAACUGCACAGAUAUUGACGAAUGUUCCCAAAACUCAUCGCUCUGCGGCCCCAACUCGAUCUGCAACAACACGCUAGGCAGUUACACCUGUCGGUGUCAGGAUGGCUACAGUCAGUCUGGAACCCCAUUCAGCUGUACAGAUAUUGAUGAAUGUUCCCGAGUCCCAUCGCCCUGCGGCCCCAACUCCAUCUGCAACAACACAGCGGGCAAUUACACCUGCAGCUGCCGGGAUGGCUACAACCAGUCUGGUACUCUAUUCAACUGCACAGGUGGAGCUGACAUGGUGUGA